CGGGAUUGGGGCAAGGCGGCUGCCGUCAGCAUGGCGGAAGUGGGCGGGGCGCGCUGUCACGCGCAUGCGGGAGGGGCGGCAGCCGGUCGGGCCUGGGAGAGUGGCUGGUUGGAGGAGGUGGAUCACCCCUUCUGCAGUGGACGACUUCGUCGGUGGUGGAAUUUUUGGAGUCUGUAUUCUCUGGAGUGUCUGGAAGGAAAGAAUGACGUAAGUCAACUUAGCCCCAGCAGGAACGCCGGAGCGCCCACCCAAAGUUGGAGGAAAUUCAGGGUCCUGAAGUCUUUGCUCUCCCUCUCUGCAUGCAGGCUGCUACCAUGAGGUUGAAUCAGAACACCAUGCUGCUGGGGAAGAAGGUGGUACUUGUACCCUACACCUCGGAGCAUGUGCCCAGCAGGUAUCACGAGUGGAUGAAAUCAGAGGAGCUGCAGCGUUUGACAGCCUCAGAGCCGCUGACCCUGGAGCAGGAGUAUGCCAUGCAGCGCAGCUGGCGGGAAGAUGCAGACAAGUGUACCUUCAUUGUGCUGGAUGCCGAGAAGUGGCAGGCCCAGCCAGGCGCCACCGAAGAGAGUUGCAUGGUGGGAGAUGUGAACCUCUUCCUCACAGAUCUAGAAGACCCCACCUUGGGGGAGAUCGAGGUCAUGAUUGCAGAGCCCAGCUGCAGGGGUAAGGGCCUUGGCACUGAGGCCGUUCUCGCGAUGCUGUCUUAUGGAAUGACCACACUGGGUCUGACCAAGUUUGAGGCUAAAAUUGGGCAAGAAAAUGAACCAAGCAUCCGGAUGUUCCAGAAACUUCACUUUGAGCAGGUAGCUGCGAGCAGCGUUUUUCAGGAAGUGACCCUCCGACUGACAGUGAGUGAGUCCGAGCAUCAGUGGCUUCUGGAGCAGACCAGCCACGUGGAAGAGAAGCCUUACAGAGAUGGGUCGGCAGAGCCCUGCUGAUGGCUGGGCCUUGUGGGCAGCCACCCUUUGUGAGCAGGGUGUUGGGCCCACGCACUCCAAAGACCAGAGCCCUGCACUGGGAGAGUGCUCCUGGCCCAGCCCCAGGCUGGGAAUCACCUUUCGGGGCCCUUCAGACUGUGGCGGGGCUUGCUGUGGCCUCCCUCCAGCUGGCGGUGUGGCUGAGCAGACUCCAGGGCCAGGGCCAGUUCUCUUCUCCCCUCCUGGCCAAAGCCAGACCCAGACUCUAGGAAACUGGCAUGGAGGGCAGGAAUCCAUGGGAGAUGUUGGGAUGAAGGUGGGAGCUGGAGGUGCAGGGGUACCUGGAGCAUGGAUGGGAGUGGAGAGACCUUUCUCCUUGGAGGCCAGAGGUGCUGCCCUGGCUGGGAGUGAAGCUCCAAGCAUGGCCAGCUUUCCUAGUUUUCCCAUUUAGUCUGUAUCAAGAGCUACCAGGAGGCCCAGCCUCCGUGUCUACUCAAGGGCAGCUUGGUCCUCUUGUCCUGCAGAAGCAGGCUGCUGUGACCCUGGGAGCUUGACCCGGGAACAGCAGGUGGUCCAGAGAGAGUGUGGCCUGGCCCCUCAACCUAGCGUCCCUCCUCCUGUCUCCUGGAGCCAGUCUUGAGUUUAAAGGCAUUAGUGUUGGAUACAGCUCCUUGUGGCCGGAGAACACCCCUCUGUUGAUGAAGCUCAGGGUACACUGAGGAAGCAGAGGCCCCUCGGGGUGCCCUCCUGAAGACAGCGUCAGGCCAUCAGCUAUGUCCUUCUGGUGCUCUCACAUCUGCUCUUCACCCUGCACCUCUAGGAGCAGCUGCACCUGACUGGCCACGUGGGGGCAGUGGAGGCACAAGCUCAGGGUGGCCGGGCUACCUGGCACCCACGGCUUACAAAGUAGAGCUGGCCCAGUCUCCCUCCACCUGAAGGGGGCACUCUGACUCCUAACAGUCUUUCAUGCCCUGCCAUCAUCUGGGGUGGCUGUCAAGAAAGGCCGGGCAUGCUUUCAAAACACAACCACAGGAGGCUUGCAGGGUAUUUUCCAGGCGGGGAAACAGUCUUAAAUAAGUAAGGUGACUUGCCUAAGGCCUCCGAACCCCCUUGAUCCUGGAGUCUCACACCAGACUGCAUGUGAAAAACUGAAACUGAAAACAUGCCUCAGUAUAAAACGAACAUCAUAAAAUGAA